CAUCACCGUGCGCCUGGUUUGAACACAGUUCACACACCUGUAACAUCUUCAGCACAAACGACAAAAGACGUAUUUUACGUUUUCCUUGCAAAAUAAUUUAGGUUGUUCACUGCCACUUUACUGAAAUAUAGUUAGCCACUUUUGGCCCAUUUCUAAUCAGCUGUGUAGAGAGGGUAUCAUGCUCUGGGGAAAUCCGUCAGUGUGAUGUCAAAGGCUGCGGACAGCCGAGAGCUGUUUUCUGAAGAAGCCCAGGAUAGCCAACUCCACAGCGUGUCUGAGCAAAAUGAAACAUGGAUGAGGAGGUCGUCGAAAGUUGGGAGGAAGCUGCUGAUAGUGGGGUAAAUAACGAAAGGCUCAAUAUACCUUCAGUUCAAGGAAAUGGAAAAACGUUUAGAAGAGAAGCUAAGGAUCAGCCAGAAAGAAAAGGAGUCCAGUAAUAAUUCUCCACGAUCUCCAUUAAAGACAACCAUGGUGAUACAGGACGACUCUCUACCAGCAGUACCCCCACCUCCGAUACGCAUUUUGAAGCGACCUGCAAGUAACGGGUCAUUGGGAUCACCAUUGAAUCAGAACAGGCCUACGCCACAGGUCAAGUCUCUGGCCCAGCGUGAGGCAGAGUACGCUGAGGCCAGAAAGAGAAUACUGGGCAGCGCCUGCCCAGAGGAGACGGCUCAGGACAAGCCCAACACUGACAGGCCAGGGCGCAAUAACUCUACAUUGCCUUCAGAGGACACCCGAUCAAACAAUCACACUGUCGGGCAGCCAUCCAGCCCAAACAGCACCCAAGGGUUCCGACAGCACAGAUAAGUGGGCCCUGGGGCCACACAGCCAUUGAGGAGAGAGCGAUCAAGGGCCACAGAGCAAAGACACCACUGUAUCUUAAAAGUUCCUUCCUUCAGUUCCAUUAUAACGGAUGGGCUGUAAGUAUAGCCACACUGCUGCCUAACUCUGCCCACGAGCAGUUGUGUGGAACUGACAGGGAGCAAGGAAGUCAAAUGGAAAUGUCCUCUCUUCUCUCUCCACCCCAGUCUGUUUGACACUGUGAUUAUGGACAUCUUCUGGACUCACUGUGACGGUCCCUUUAAGAGACGCCCCUCACGUCCAUCUCUCUCCUCCUCCAGUCCCCAGCCGCUCCGUCUCAGGAUGCUUGCAAGGCGAAAGCAAAGACUUACACAAAGGAUGGCAGAGAGAGGAGGAGAAGCGACGGGCCAUAGCAAAAUGAGAUGAGCUGAUACAUGGGCAGCAGCUUCUCCCCAGCAAUAAUACCAGAGAUCACUUCUCACACCUUUACAUACAUGUUUUAAAUUUUUCAGAUGUUGGCUCACUAAAUUUUUAUCUUUUGUUUUUCAUGCUUGUCUUUAAAUAUCUAUACUAGGGAUGCUCUGAUAUCUACCGAGUACAGUUAAAAGUACUUCACAUUAUACACACACCACCAAGAACAUGUUCAUUAAAACAGUAUUUAAUAUUCAGAUUUAAAAAAAAAAAACAUAAACAUAACAAUAUUUGCAGUUUUUAUGAAAUAGAAAACAUUCAAAUUCUUCCACCUUUCUUUGGUGCUAAAAUGCUACAUUUUGGAUUUCUCCUUACACUAUAAAAACAGAGACCCUGGGCUACAGCUUGUGCUGUCAGAUCUCACACAGUAAACUCACCACUAAUACUGAGUACAUAACUGGUACCUGCCUGGUAACUGAGUUGUUAGCAUUAUCAGUCCACCCCUUAUAAGUAAAUUGCCAUUUGUUUUUAACAAACUGAGGGUAUGGGUCAUGUAUGUCAAGUUGUAUAUCUGACAAGUUCUGUUUUUUUUUUUUUUAAUUCAUCUUUUCAGCUGUCUUCCUUAGACUGUUGCAUCAUUAUUUCUAUUGAAAAGUAAAAGCAAAAAAAAAAAAGACAUGAAAAGGAGACUAUGGAGUCAUUUUAAGUAGCUUUUCUGCCUUUUUGUAUGAGAUGGCAGCAAUGUCUGAGCAGUAUUUUAAUUUAAAUGAACCAAAAUCCCAUUUUAAAAUCAACCUGUGUAUAUAUAUCAGUUUAAUAGUUAAUUCACAUGUCAUUAUUUGAAGGUGGUGUUGGUGUUGGGAAUUAAUGUACUGCUUUCCUUCACAAGCCUCUCCGUCACAUCUCCACCUUGUCAGCGGUGUGCUCGUUCCUUCAUGUCCCUCACUGACGUACAGUACAUAGGAACUCAGGUGCAAGUGAACGAGACUGAAUGAAUGAAAUGAACUAAGAUUGUAUUGAAACAGUGCUAUACAGAGUGUGCGGUGAAAUGUAACUGAAAUGAUGUCUACGUCCCAAGAUGAAUGAAUACCAGUUUUUGUAAAAAAAAUUUGUCUGUUUGCAUCUUGGUUACGUAAGAAACGGUAACAUCACCCUGUGUGAUUGUUCAGUAACUGUUGGUUCACUGCUGAAAUGGAACAUGGAGACACAGCUGUAUGUGAACCAGAUAGGUAGUAGCUACCUGGCUGUCCAGGACCAUUGUGCCCAAUAGAUAGUUCUUAGUUUUUCACCCAUUUGUUCAAACAGAGAAGAGAUCUCAAUAAAGCCAUAUUCAGUGGUGUACAUCAUCAAUAGAAAAGUUAUUUUAAUGGUUGAAUUCAGCUUGUGCCUCCUGUAUCACAUCUCUACUUCCUGGUUGUUGAUUUUAUUACUGUAGUUCAAGAAAGUGAAUAUAACUGAGGGAGAAUUCGCAAUACUGGUAAGAGUUCAGUUCAGGAAAUCUAGCAGCAGAGCAGAAGACAAUUGGGUUUAGCUGAGCUCUGAGUGAGAACACAAACUGCCUGUAAAUACUGAUUUAAUAAAAUGAUUUGCAGAAAAUAUCA